UAUUAAAUGGGGAGGUUGGUGGCCCUGCAUGUCAUCAUGGAAAUUGUAAUAAUAUUUUUCUUGGAGACUGUUGAUGCAUGGGCAGCUCAGUGGCACUGACAAAGCAAAUUUUAUGCCAGUGAUUGCCUGUUUAAUCUGGGCACCUUUGAUGGCAACUCUCAUGAUUUUGUUACGAUUUUCUUAGUUGAGUUGUCCAUUUCACUGAGACGUUGUAGCAAAAAGGUGCAUCUGGGCUUUUGUGCAACAGUUGGGCAAUGCUUCCGCUGCAGGUCCUUGAUUUUUAGAAUGGGGGGAAAGGUCCCAAAGAGUACAAAACUUACCUUUCUGUUUGAUCAAGCUGAUCCACACUGAGUGCUGACAUUACUGUCUAGUAGGAAGGUAAAUGUGGAGAUUAGAAGCAUAUCAUAAACGUAAGUAUCAAAAUUCAUUUCACUUUGAAUUUGUAUUGAUAGGCGUUGUAAUCAGGAGACAAUUUAUGAAAGCAUUUGAUAUCUUUAAUUUUAAAAGAAGUUUGAGUUAGCAAACAAGUGAAGAACUGAUGACGCAUUGCAAAUGUGAAAUAGAGAAUUCCUCAUUUUGAUCUUCUGGUUUUGUUUUGGUGGUAUUUUGUGAAAUAUGCAUGUAUGGUAAUAAAAGUUUUCCUAAGAAAAUACUCAGAUGCCAUAGAAUAUUUGACUAUCCCAGUUAUUUCAUGAGAUUUAGAUAUCAGUUCUACAUUUUUCUUAUACAGUAAAUUAGUUGUACGUACAUCUUUCUGAUGUUUUCCUAAAGGAAAGGUAAAUCCAUCUUCUGUAUGUGUUUCAACAGGUUUAUAAUACCAGAAAUUGUGGGAGGCUUCUUUAAAAACAGCUUCUGUCAGAAGAAUGGCUUCAUCUUCUCUACAAAUAUGUUCACUGCUGCUGGCUUUGGCCGGAUUCACCGUUUUACUUCUCGCUACCAUGUCCAACAGAUGGAAAAUUUCUGGCACCACAGCAGUGCUGGUCCCUUCAGAGUGGAUUUCCGAAGGUCUUUGGAUGGACUGUGGAGUCACUGAUUUUGGAGCAAUACAGUGCAUGAAGUUUCUUCACAUGUUGAGUUCAGAGAUCCACGUUCAGGCAUGCCGUGCCUUGAUGAUCAUUUCCAUCCUUCUGGGAUUCAUAGCUGCCGUGGUCUCACUGCUUGGUUUAAAGUGCACGAACGUUGGGCUGAGUGAUGAGGAUGAAAAAAUGAAGGUUGCUGUCAUGGGAGGAUUCCUUUUUAUUUUAGGAGGUCUCUGUUCGAUGGUGGCCGUUUCUUGGUAUGCUGCAAUGAUUACUGCUCAGUUCUUUAACCCGUUAUAUACUGGAACCAAAUAUGAACUAGGAGAUGCUCUGUACUUAGGCUGGGCUGGAUCUGUUCUUUGUAUGCUUGGUGGGAUCUUCCUAACCUGUUCAUGCAAAGGGAAGGAAAAACAGAAAUACAGUGCCAACAAAUACAGAUAUUCAGCAGGCCAGGCAGCUGGUCAGCAGCAAAUUUACACCACAAAUGCUGAGCCAAGUUCCAAGGAGUAUGUCUAAACUUACAUUUUCACAUCACUUGUAACGUUACGAGGUUUUGAACUUACAUUUAAAAAAAAAAGAAAAAAAAAAGGUCUCCUUCCAGGGAUUCAUUCUAUGUUGCAAUCUUUCAUCUUAAUUCGGAGAUGAUCUACAUCUGGAUGCCUCCUUCUGGAAAUGGCUUUGAAGUAGAAAUAGGUUUCUGCAGAUGGGAUGUGAAAUCCUGCAGCAUGACGGCUGUCUGCGUGCUGAGAAGUCCGGUAAAAUUUAAGCACAGAGCAUGGGAUACCCUGAUAAGUGAGACCAUCUUUUUCUAUUUCAGCUAACUAAACAAUGUGGAACUGGUAUGCUGUAGCUGCCUGUGGGCUAAUACAGCUCACUGUUAGAAAUGGUUUUACUUUCAUUCGUGUUGGGAACUUCAGCUUGUAACAGUAAAUAAGCUUUAUUCUGCUGACUGACUAGAACAGACUUUCUGAUGCAUAGUAUCCUGGCCAUUAAUGAAGACAUAGUCUAUAUACUGGGGGUUUGAAAUCCAGGUCUCAUGGUGUACUGAAAUACAUAUUAUGUAUGUAGUCAAGAUUUGUAAAAGCUUCAGAAGUCCCGUAAAAACAAUCCCUCACUGCGUAUCCAUGGAUGUGCAACAAGUUCCUUGUUGGUUUGGUUGUAGCUAUGAAAAUUAAAUGCUACAGAACAAACCAAACACAGCUGGGAGCAAGGAAAGCAAUUGGUCAGACUAUGCCUCGAGGUAACUAGAAGAUAGCACCAGUUUUUAUUUUUUCUUUCUAUCUUUCCAGCUUCUAAAAUAAUUGUAUUUUAAUUUUUGGCAGUCUUUUACUUCUGGAGCAUCUAUUGCAUCUGAAUUGCCUAAUUCAAGUAAUUCCGCAGUGGCUUUGUUCUCUGUCAUGGUUCCAGCAUUAGAAUUAAUGCCAUAAACUGCUCCACUACUGGGAGCAUAUGUUACCUUAUGUAAGUACUUAAGACACUGAAUAUGAGCUAAUUUUUCUUAAUAUUGAUGUCUUGAGCAACGUGAAAUAGAAUUUCACUCUGCAGGUUCACAGUUCUUUGUCAUUAAAUUAUGAAUUUGUUAAUUCAUAAUUUAAUAAACAAAAUACUUUGGUAUUUCUAUACUUUGUUGUGUCAAACCAUGACUGUAGCCUGAAUGAGAAACCUCAUGCAUCUUCCUUAGCUUGUCCUUCCUUGUCUGUCCAAACAGAUGCAUUCAUUGGGGCAAUCUGCAAAUGCUCGGAGCAGUUUAGUCACUUUGUUUCCAUGAUACUGCAGAUACUGCUGACUUGUAAAGUGACACUUCAAGGAAUGAAUUUGGCCACUGACGGAUCUUAAUAAACUUAAUAAAUUAAAUCAAAAGGAGUGACAGUGGCUUUUAGGUUGCCACUGUCAUCUUUGUUCCUCAAUAACCAAGUCUUUCUCAUAAAAUCACAGAAUCACAGAAUCACACGGGUUGGAAGAGACCUCAAGGAUCAUGAAUCU